AUGAUGCACCAAAUGCAAAAUAUUUCUGCACUGUUUGCUGUCACCAGCAUCUCUGACUUCACGGAAUGGCCCAGUCUGGCAACUGACGUGAACCUGGAGGCGAUCAGCGCAUUUCCUUCUGCCAUGGAGAUCCGACUGGAUCAGAUCAUUCAGCUGUACAUGGACGGGAUAUCGCACCGAUUUCAUUACGUGGAUUACUUGGCUUACGGAGACCGAACUGGCACCUUCAUCGGAGUCGAACGGCUUCCCAUGCACUUCACUGAAAAUUACCCAAGCUCAAGUGUUUUCGGCGGUGAGUUUCGGCCAUCUGACCUGGUCGGCACCUCGCGACAAAGCUGUUCCACAUGCCCACCGCCCUCGGCGCUCGUCCAAGGCGAGAAGGCGUACUAUUUCGUUAACGACUCCAGUGGUGCAUUUCGCAAUCGGUACGACACCAAGGUCUACGAUCCGCGCACCCGGCCCUGGUACAGAGUUGGAGCUGACGCCAAGGGCAAGCAAGCGUGGACUGACAUCUACUUAUACAGUAGCGGCCACACCCUGGGCAUGUCAUGCUCCCAGGCCAUCAUGUUCGAAGGCGAGGUCUUGGCAGUCGUUUCAGCUGACUUCACCGUGUCCUUCCUGAGCAGAUUUCUGCGAGAAGUGACGGGCACUGUGCCUGCGCAGGAGGGCUUCGUUCUGGAUCGCGAGGGCUUUCUGGUAGCCAGCUCCCUCGGUGUCGAAGCGGUGGUGAACAAGGACGUUGAUGAAGGUUCAUCUAAUCGGAUUCGAUAUCACUGGAGCCAGCUGCCGCAUUGCAGUGGCCUGCUGUCACCCCUCGGACGCUAUCUCCGCAGUGGAAAGUUAAAGGUAGUUGGCAGGCAGCCUCGCGGGCUUUUGGGCCCCAAAGAGUACUUGCCCCGCCGCGAUGACAGCGACGGGUGGUAG